GCGCAUUAGGAGGGAACUACAGGAUGAGACGAGCUCGUGCAGGCUGUCACUGCCGCCGCCCAAUAGACACCCUCGAUCCGGAGCGCGAGCAGGACGACCUCCUCCCAACCAAGAGGCCGGAGUGUGAGCCUGUUCCUGACCUCAAUUCGGCUUGGAUGCUUUAGCAACAUACGGCAGACUAAGCAAGCGAGAAAGGAGAGAUUGUGGGACAGAGACGGAUAUUUAGGAUUCAGCUCUCGCGCGUCCCGACUCCCGGUCUUGCAAUGGGAUGCACGUUAAGUGCCGAGGAGCGCGCGGCUCUGGACCGGAGCAGAGCGAUCGAGAAAAACCUGAAGGAAGACGGAUUAAGCGCAGCCAGAGAAGUCAAAUUACUGCUGCUGGGCGGAGGGGAGUCGGGGAAGAGCACCAUCGUCAAACAGAUGAAGAUUAUCCAUGAAGAUGGGUUCUCUGGAGAUGAUGUAAAGCUGUUUAAACCUGUGGUCUUUAGCAACACCCUUCAGAGCCUCGCCUCCAUCUUGCGAGCCAUGGAAACUCUUGGUAUAGAGUACGCAGACAAGGACAGAUAUGCAGAUGCUAAGAUGGUAUUUGAUGUGGUCGGUCGAAUGGAAGACACAGAGCCAUACUCAACAGAACUGCUGGCUGCCAUGAUACAUCUUUGGACUGAUGCUGGAACUCAAGCUUGCUUUGGCCGUUCUCGAGAGUAUCAGCUUAAUGACUCCGCCCAAUAUUACCUAGACAGUUUGCAGCGCAUUGGCUCUCCAGAUUACCUCCCCACUGAACAGGAUAUUCUCCGAUCCAGAGUCAAAACUACUGGCAUCGUUGAGACAAAUUUUUCCUUCAAGAACCUUAACUUUAGGCUGUUUGAUGUGGGGGGACAGAGAUCAGAGAGGAAAAAAUGGAUUCACUGCUUUGAGGAUGUGACAGCCAUUAUCUUCUGUGUGGCAAUGAGUGGAUACGACCAAAUGCUCCAUGAAGACGAGACCACGAACCGUAUGCAUGAGUCUCUUAUGCUCUUUGACUCUAUAUGUAACAAUAAGUUCUUUGUUGACACGUCCAUCAUCCUUUUCCUCAAUAAGAAGGACCUUUUUGAAAUAAAGAUUGUAAAAUCUCCCCUGAAUAUCUGCUUCCCAGAAUACACAGGCCCAAAUACAUUCGAAGCCGCGGCUACGUAUAUACAAGGUCAGUUUGAAAGCAAGAAUCGCUCUCCUAAUAAAGAGAUCUACUGUCAUCUAACCUGCGCUACAGACACAGGAAACAUCCAAGUGGUCUUUGAUGCUGUUACUGACAUCAUCAUCGCCAAUAACCUGCGUGGCUGUGGCCUCUACUGAGCUUCGACUCCACUUGUUGCCCUUCGAAAUGGUAACAAGUGACUGAACUGACACCCCUGUGACUUUGGCCAAGGCACUCCCUUAUUUCAUUUCACUCUGUCAAUUUUUGUCUUUUGUUCAGAACAUGUAUCCCUUAUUUUCUUUUGUAGUUUGUCAGUCCAUUGCUGGAGUAAAUAACGUAUGGGUGUGCAUGUAUAGUGUAAAAUGAGUGUUUGGCCGGGCAUAGAUGCUUUAAGCAUGAGUGCAUGUGUGUGAGUGUCAGUCACAACGAGUGAGAGUGUUUGUCAGGUGAUAACACACAACGGUUCUCUGCUGUGUAAGAGACUUCCAAGUGCUGACAUGAUCUUAAACUAAACCCUGAAAGGAUCUGUGGCUCUUGUAGGCUUUUCUUAAGAUCCAGACAUGUCUGUGACUGAGAGCAAGAUAUAAGGUGAAUCAUUUAGCAGAGCCGAAUGUCAUUUCAGAAACUGAAUGUUGUCCAGGGGCAGCUCUUAAGCCAAAGUUGUUUGAGACCUGGCAUCGCCCCUUAUUGGGUCUGCUUACUGGCUUCAGGCUGUGACAUAAAAUGCCUUUCAGCAAAUGAAGCCUCUUACAAAGUGUGAUGUUGACAACAUUCUCACUCAACAUGAGCACAAAUAGUUCAAAAAUGUUCAUUUCUGUAUAAAUUAUUCUGUAGUUUAUUUAUUUAUAUAAUUAUAAGCGCAUGUAUUUACAUAUUUUGUAUCUCCCCACACUUUGUGCACCCUAUCAAUGUCGGGCUACGAAUACAAACGAACUAGCUUGCAGACUUUAGAUUGAGAACAGCAUAAAUAUUAAGACUGUAAUUCAGACUCAUAUAUAACUGAAUUACUGGACGAAUGAGCUAUCGCUUCUUUUUAUCUCUCUCUCUUCAACUGAUGACGUAAUGACGUGUGAGAGUGUGUACAGAUGCGUGUGUGUGAUGCAUGCACACUCUUUAUUCAACCAUGACCUGUUACUUAACCCAGAUUUCUUUUCCCGUUUCCCUCCUCUUUUUCUCCGCUGUGGAUGAUUUUUUAGUUUUUUUGUUUGGUGCACUGAAUGUUCUCCUUUACUCCCUUGGGGUAAUACUGCACUGUACUGCUGGGUUUAGUCUUCUGACCGACCAAUGAAAUGUUUACAUUAAAAAAGAAAACACUUUAGCACCAA